AUACCUGAGUCGUGUGGCUCAGAGGGGGUUGCCAGGUGAGAGCAGGUCCUCCGCUGCGAUGUAACAUCUGAGGAAGAGCUUGAUAAAGAUCGUCCACAGUCCUGCGAGGCGUUUGUUUUGUCCGCUCCCAGAGUUGGAAAGAAGGAAAUCAAGCUUCAUGCAGGGCCUGCCUAACGCACCAGGAAGCGAUCCUGUUGAAACUUGCCAGAGCAGGUGUAAACAAGGCGCGCAGCUGAGCCCCGUGUUUACGGUACCUCAUUGAGGACAUGCUGCUGGUUUCUCUUGGCUGUGUCGGUGUGUGACGCCAGGAUGAGGACGCACCUCGGUUUGGUUAUGCUCUGUGUGAUGUCAGCAGCCGGAGUUUGCAGCAGUACAUCUGCGCCAGAGAGUCCCAGACAAUUUGACUGCAGGUCCCGAGAGAAGGAGACAUUUUCCUGCUGGUGGGAGCCAGGCUCUGACGGAGGGCUGCCGACUGAAUACCGCCUCUUCUACGAGAUAGAAAAUUUCAGAGGAGUCCGUGAGUGUCCAGACUACGUCUCUGCAGGAGAAAACUCAUGUUUCUUUGAUAAGAAGCACACUUCCUUCUGGGCUGAGUACAUCAUGAUGGUGGUGGCAACAAAUGCCCUGGGGAACGCCUCGGCACAGUUCCAGAUACCGGAUGUGAUGAAUUAUGUGAAGCCCGACCCUCCUGUAAAUGUCACAGUGGUGGUGAACAGCAGCGCUCCCAGUCCAUUUCUUGAAAUAAGAUGGAAGAGCCCUCCAAACGUGGACGUCAGAACCGGCUGGGUCACCCCAAAAUAUGAGCUGAGGGUUAAACAAAAUGACAGCAAGGAGUGGAAGACAGUAGAUAUAGGUGCACAAACCUUUUUCAAUUUUCACAACGUCGAGCAUGGGCUCCUCUACAUGGUUCAGGUUCGCUGCAAUCUAGACUACGGAAAAUGGAGUGAGUGGAGCAACACUAUAUUUGCUAAAAUUCCUAAACAUCGUCAGCUUGAGAAAUACUUUUGGAUUUUUGUUUUUGUUUUCUCCUUGAUUCCUUUGUUGACAGCUAUGUACAUCCUAGUGCUGAAGAGGAAAGUUGUGAAGCAGUGUCUCCUCCCUCCUGUUCCCGGUCCGAAGAUAAAAGGAGUCGAUGUUCAUCUUCUCAAGAGUGGUCAAUCAGAAGACGUGGUAAACGCUCUGACUGGGAACCAGAACUUUCCUCCCAUGGCGGCCUGGACGGAGCAGGUGGAAGACUUCCUGCUGGUGUCAGACAGCGACGAGUGGCUGCUGACUGAUACCUUCGCAUCUGAAGAAAAGAAAGAUAUCUUCAUCAUUGCUGCCGGUUUACACUUAGGAUUAGAAAUCCAAUGCGGGGACUCGACUGUCGAUCUGAACACCUGGGAAAAAACCGAUGACAGCAAAGAGGAAACAAAGAGCAACUUUUUAAACACGGAGCCAACAAAUCUUCCAAUUGAGAAACAGGAAUGUCUGAGUGGGGAGGAAGUGUCCAUCCAGCCAAACACCAGCUAUGUGGACAUCCAGCAGCGACCGACCCUGACUGACUACAGCAGGGUGAAAGAGGUGAACGGCGACACCAUCCUCAUCCUCAAUGAAGAAGAAAUCCCUCACGGUUCGGACGCUGUGAAGUUGAAAAGGGAGGUGAGCGUGCCAGAUGACUACAGCAGGGUCAAAGAGGUGAACAGCGACGUGGUUUUCCUGGAGAAAGGCGACUCCGCCGACGGAUGCUGUAAGAAAAAAGAAGACCACUACACUGACUGGACCAAUCAGAAACCGAUAAUGCCUCAUGACAGCGAGCUCAGCAAAGGGUUUUGCUCGAAAAUGAUCGCAAACGGAUACGUAGAUUCUGUUCCCUCCUUUUCUGUUAAGUAAACUUGUGAUUGUAAUGAGGCGCAGGACACUGAUGAUGCCAUGUGCUAUUAUUUCUGCUAUCAGCAACAAACGAGACAUUAUUGAAUUGGAUGGGAUGCAGCGCCUGCUAUCCAGAGAGGAAUUUAUUUAUCUAUUGUAAUCAGAGAGGAAAAAAUAAUUGCUUUGGCCACCGUUCGCCAUUUAAAGUUUCAGCAGCUCUGCGCUGUUGAAAGGAUUUAAAAACUGAGAAGUUUUGUGGAUCUGGUAGAGUGACAUUUAUCAGUGGGAUAUUAUCACUGAGUUCAGACUCUUACUGUAACCCACAGAGGAGCAUUUGGUCAAAAUGACCCACCUAACAACUAAAAACCCUCCGCUGCUCCUGAAAGUAGCCUUUUGGAACUUGAUGUUUAAUACAGCAGCAACUAAAAUGUUCAAAUCAAAGCAGAGAGACUCAAAAGGAGUUUUAAAUGGACUCCUUACCUCUCUUCAAGCACUUACAGAAAUGUCAUUCUGCAAGGACUCCUGUCAAUCUGAAUGUUUGAUUUAUAUUUGCAUUAAAUAAGAAGAUAAAUCUUUA